GUUUUGGCUCUGAAUGAGAAGCACAGUGGAAAGUUUAUUCAAUAUGAUGGGCAGGAGGUGCCCUGGUAAUUCAGUGCCAGCUUACAUUUCUGAAAACUAUGUAAAUAAUGGCUGAGUAUCAAAGUUCAAACAUACAUCUAACUUUCUUGUCACCUCAUGUAAGACAUUUAUUGGUGGAAAUAGGGGAUGAAAUCCAGAAUAGCUCAGACAUUUAUAUGUCCAACUCAUAUCUUACUUCAAAUAAUACACUUAAUUGGAAAGAAAUCGAUAUUUUAUUUGGAAAUUUGCCUGAGUGUUUUAAUAUUCACAAUCAGCCACGUGAAUGGUUUGAUAGAGUACUUCACAAUCUAUGGCCUGUAUUUAUUGAAGCCCACAGAAGCAUUAUAAAUUGUGAACUUCAGCAAUUAGAACAACUGUGGAAACUGUCACAGUGGACCAGGAAGGAAAAUGAAAUCCAGGAAUGUUACAGACAGUUUAGUAAUUAUUCUCUAACUUCAGCUGUCGAAGUUGUUUUACUUCUUACUGCCAUACUUGAGCGAUCAUUAGGAAAUGUUUUCCUCUUGAGAGGUCAGAACGUUCCAUUCUUGCUCAGAGAUCUCCUGUCAACUGAGGAGUUGGUUUCUCUCCUGGGAAUUGUUCCUAUUGCAUUUAUGCAAGUUCUGUUGGGAACACCAUUAGCACUGAAUCUUCGAAAUGUAACAUGGCAUGGAUUUCCAUGUUCUAAUGAAAUAAGGCCUGAACUUGGUGCUACACUUUUUUUGGUCAUUGCUUCAAUUGGAGAGAUACUAGCAACAAACAACUUCACUUUGAAUUCCUUGCCAUGUCGACCUCAAGUUUCUACCCUGAUGUACCAUUCAAAUUUGUUAGACGGAUGUUUCCCAGACUUGCUGAAACAUGACACAGAAACAAGGAACAUAUUACUUAAUUCAUCUCAUAUACCUCGUUCUCAUGUUUUGUACUGGAAUGCCAUAUUGGAGCAUUAUUUGCAGUCAAGGUAUGGUCAAUGUCUGAUGCUGCUCCUACCCCAAAUGGAGCAGGUGCUUCGAAGCAUUUUUUGCUGGGCAAAUGGCUGUCCGGAGAGGGUGCUCACAGCUGAAUCAACUUCAUUUUACACAACACUUGAAGAAAUAUUGGCAGAGAAUAUAACUGACAUGAAAACUAAUAAAGUGAGGGCAGUUCUAGGUGACUGUCUUAUUGAAAUGUUGCAGGACAUUUUUGUGCAUCAGAAAGGACCAAGAAUAAGAGACAAGUUUAGCCAUGGUGAAUGUGACUUGUGUGACAUACCAAAGAAUCUCGCAAAUCAUAUUAUAUGCGUAGCAUUGGCUGUAAUUAUAAAAGCAAGAAAGGAAGAGAAAAGUGUGAAGAGCAAUUCCAGUCUUUGUGGUACUCCCCAACUUCUGACAAAUGACAUGAAUAUAUGCCCAUCUCAUCAUUGUUCAGUUAAACUAGAGAAUAAGAUAAGAGAAGCAAGCAAGAACUAUGUUUCUAAAUUCCACCUCAGCUCCUUGCUUAAAAUCAGUGUUACUGAAGUUGCUCAUAAAUUAAUGGAAUGGGAAACAUACCCAAAACCUGAAUCAGUGGAAGAACUGAGAUGUAAGAAGUGGGAAGAAGUAAUUCAAGAAGAUGGGGCACAAUUACUGCAGUUAAAACAUGAUCUGUGGAAUUCAGUGUCAGGAAUAAUUUCAUUGAAUAACCAUGAUCAUGAAAAUAAUUUUAGUGAUAUAGUUGGUUUUAUAACAGAAUAUAAGAUUUUGACUGUGUUCAGGUCUAAGACUGAGACAGACAUAUUGAACUUGUUGAAACAGAUUACUGACAAUAUUCAGUUAAUAUGCAAGCAACUUGAAGAAGGCCUGAAAGCUAAAUACCAGCUUCUCUGUUCUCGUAUGUUACGAUCCAGACAAAGAGAAACUUACUGUCGCAUGUUGAAUACAGUUCCAUGUUUACAUACUGCUGUUCAAUGUGUGGUGCUUAUAGUUGCUAUCAACUUGCUGCACAUUAACAGUGUACCUAUUACAUCAAGACAGGAAUAUCAGCAUAUAUACAGAUUCUUGAAAAAAGUUCUGCAGCAUGUACAGAAUCUGACAACUUAUACAAGUGUGGAAAGGAAUCGUUGGGAUGAAGCAAUGGCUUUAACAUCAUGCUUCUCUCAGCACUUGCAUGAUGCUUUGAAGCAAAAUUUUAUAUUAUAGGAUACUCAAAAUCCCACUACAGGAACUCUCAAAGACUGCCUACAUAGAUGGAUCAUUAUAUAAAUAAUUAUAUGUAUAACAAUUUUUUUAAACUGGUGUGACUCGUGGUAGUAUUAUUCUUAUCAUCUUUAUAAGAAUACACAUUAUGCUACUAAAAUAGUGUAGGUAUGUCAUUUUGAUUACUUUGACAUUAUAUGUUUUGUUCUUUAAACCUUUGUGGUCCAGUUCUUGAGAAAUAAUAUCACUAAACAGCAAAGAGUUCCUGAAAUAAAUGGAACAGAAAUGAUUUGUUUAGUAAGAUUUAUUUUCUCCACAACACAUUUAAAGUCAAAUAAAAUUCAAAUUCUUCACACGGUAGAUGCAUAUUUCAAUUUCCUAUUUUAGUAAUUGUAUGAUAUAUAUCCUUUUUUAAACACAUCCAGAUGUACCUAUAAUUUACAAAGUUUAUAAUAUAUGCAAGAUUUCUACCAGAUACAUUAAAUUAACCACUUUCAAGAACAUCUAUAGUAAUUCUUUGGCAGUAACAGCGUACUUCAGUUUUACACCAACCCAGCAAGAAACUAUAAAACUGUGGUACUACCAUUACAUUUCAGAAUGCAAUAUGUAAGGCCCUUCAUCCACCGCCGCAAUGCAACCACAACUUGGCUACAACUCAACCAAAAUGAAAUCAAACUAAACUCGAACACAAUCUUGGCUUCGUCCACCAAUGUAACUCUUUUCCAACAGUUUAACUCGCAAUGUCGAGUAGUUCAGGUGAAAGUGUUGUGCUCGCAUAUUGGUACAUAAAAAUGUUCACAAAAAGAAACGCAAAUGGUGGACUCAUCCUUACAUAACUAAGAACACCAACAGGCGGGCGUUCAUAACGGCACAAGAAUUAAAAAAAGACGAGAAGAAAUUUCAAUCUUAUUACAGAAUGUCUAGACAUCUGUUUGUAGAGUUAGUGAAAACUGUUCAACCUUACAUACAAAGAAAGGACACAAACUAUAGGAAAAGCAUAAGUGUUGAAGAAAGACUGCUAAUUACACUAAGGUAAGUUUAAUUACAGUAUUUAAGUACAAUACAAAAUUGUUUUAUUACAAACACAAUACACACAAAAUUAUUACAUAUGCCACCAUUGGGAGGCAUUGGGCCAGUUUUUAUGACCCACCCCUUACAUACAUACAACUUCUUGGUUUCAGGUAUCUGGCCACUGGAUGUUCCUUUACCGCCAUCUCAUUUUAUUCUGCUCAUGGAAACAAUACGAUUGGAAGAAUAAUUUCUGAAACCACUGUCGCAAUAUGGAACUGGCUGCAUGAUACGUACAUGUAAAUCCCUGAUAAAAAUGGAUGAAAGGAAAUAUCCAGUUGAUUCCAAGAGCUAUGGAAUAUUCCAAAUUGCAUUGGAGCGAUUGAUGGAAAACAUAUACACAUACAAAAGUUGCCUGGAAGUGGUUCAAAAAAUUUCAAUUACAAAGCCUUUCAUUCUGUAGUCCUGAUGGUGUGUGCUGAUGCUGAUGGCAUCUUUAUGAUAGAAACUGAGUAUGCUGGGAGAAACAGUGAUGGAGGAAUUUUCAAAACUGCAAGAAUGAAUAAUUGGCUUCAGAAAGAUGAACUAAAUUUACUUGAUCCUGAAACAUUGCCAUUUGAUGACAGUGAAGUGAAAUUUCCAUACUAUUUCGUUGCUGACAAAGCAUUUUCACUUCUAAGAUAUCUAAUGAGACCAUAUCCAACGAGAAGAUUAAAUAAUUUGGCUAGACUAUUUAAUUAUCGAUUGAGGAGGGCCCGUAAAAAUGUUGUGUGCAUUUGGUAUGAUAUCUCAAAAACUUCAGGUUUUACUGUCUGCUAUACAUUGUAAAAAUGUAAUGUCUGUUAAUAACAUAAUUCGUGCUGUCCACAUUCUGCACAAUUUUAUUCAGAAAAGGGAAGGUAAACCCUACUUCACUCAUUAUAAUGAUGAAAAACAGAAUUCCAAUGAACUGCCUUUCAUUGAUGUACCGGUAGAGAAUGUAACAAUAGAUGAAAGAUCAAAUUCUCAACAGUUAAGGGAUUAUUUAUCAUAUUAUUUCCUUGGUCCACAAGCAGCUGUACAUUGGCAAUGGCAAUAUUGUAUAAAUGAAUAAAUUUUCUGUAUUGUAUGAAAUACUUAUUUUAAUACAAUAGAAUAAAACCAUUUGAAAGAAAACUUCCCUUCUUCAUUUACUUCUUUCCCUAUUUCCACCCAAGCUUUAUAAACUACAGUUUUCCUUGAAUAAUCAGAUAAUUUAUAGUUUUAUAGACAAGGAUAUUUUUCCACAGCCUGCACAAGUUUAAUACAAAUCUUGCUUUGACAUCGUGUGUUGCUUGACAGUUACAUUCAAACUGGCACAUUCAGUUGCAUAGCAACUCCUUUCCGAUUGGUUAUCUUCAGGUCGGGUUACAGUUUCAUUGGUGGGAGAGAGAAGGAACCGGUAACGUAGAAGUACCAGCCUCACGAGGAAGAGUGCAUGUGCAACAAAUGAAUCUGAUGCAACUGGUUCUUCUAGGGAAGUUAAAAGGAAACCGCUCAAGACGAGCUGGUCUUAAGAGGGAAGCGGUUGUAACGGGCGGAGAUAGUCGCUGCAAGGAGUAGCCGAAACAACUGGAGACAAAGAAAGCACAUCCUUGGAAGAAAAGGAACAGGGGUACACCGUUAGGCUAUUCGGGACGAACAGCCUUAAGGAGGGAGCAGUGUGACAUGUUGCGCAACGGAAGACCCCUCCCUCUCCAGUGGUACGUGGCGGCAUCGUAGUGCUGUCGUUACUAUGGUAAUAGGCAAGUCAGCACCCCGCCCUCUCCCCGCAGUGACGUAACACGCAACGCAGCUGUGACACGGGUAACAGGCAACAGUGGUACCCAUUGCGUAACGGGCGGGCACUGCGACUUUAUAAGAGCACUACACUGCCUACAGAGUCAGUUAAAGCGUAUCAGCGGCCGAAGACAGUUCUCCAGUCAGCAGUGAACAAGUUAAAAGUGUAUCAGCCGCCGAGGUGAGUUCUCCAGUCAGCAGUGAAUGAGCUUAGUUGGAAUCUAGCCAGCAGCGAGCCGUUAGGGUUAAGUUGGAAUACAGCAGCCAUUGCGGAAAGAAGAACCGGACGUGUGUGUAAUCGUGUAAUUGGGAGUGUGAUACAGGGACAAUUACAUGGCUCCCGUGCUGUGAAUAUGUCUAUAGACUACUGAAGCUAGAGUGAAGAGAUUAUUGCGAAUAGGGUUAUAAAGUGUGAAACCCCGCAACAUUGUUGUAAUUAAUUGUAACCAAUACUGGUAGGUUGUCAAAUAAACCAAAUUAAUCCGAACGGCAGCUUCAGUGUCUAAACAUGUUACAAUAUUAUUAACAGGGGUCAGACUAUUACACAACUCAAAAACAAGUAAUCUGUCGUCAUUUUUCAGUCGCGUUGCAAUUGCAUUGUGGCGGUGGACGAAGAGCCUAAGAGUAUUUGUUACUGCUAGCUUCGGUUUAAUUCCUCACAUUCAAUUAAUAUGUUGUCAAAAGUGCAUGAUGGUGCACAUAACUAGUAUGUGUAAACAGUGAAAGCAAAUGUACAUUUAUAAUUCCCUUCAAGUUUGGAAUUCUCUGGAAAUGAAGAAAUUAUGAUCAUACAGGAAGUUCUCUUCAGCAAACUGAUAAAAUAAUGAGCAAAAUUAAAUCACACAGACCAUUAAUAUCAAUUUGUAGUUAUUUAAUUCUUUGAGCAAUAUGGAUGUUUAACAACAGCCAUAAGAGACAGUUGAUAGCAGAGUAUCUGUGCCUGUUAAAUUGACCGAUAAGUAUGAUAUACAUAUAUAUAAUAAAGAAAGAAAAACACUUCUUUAUUUUUAUUUCUUUAAAGAACUCUGUGAGGUCAGUACAGGUGAGGGGAAUACCCAUUGCUCAGAGAUUAGGUAACAACAGUAUUCAUUUAUAUUUAUUACUGUCCUUGAAUAUAU